UAACGCGGUCGGACAUUUUAUUUUAUUUCAUUUUCAUUUCAUUUUUUUCCUUUCUCGUGAUUAAAAAAUGUCUGAUACAGAAAACUCGGUUCGGGCUCAAAAUGAAUCCACAAGUGACGUCGACUACUACCGAGUCAAAGCCCAAUCUAUUUUGCGGCAAAUGAGCUCGAUGAAAUGCUAUUUAAACGCUGAUGCGGUUAAUCAGUUUGACGAAGCUGAUUUGCUGGCGCGAAUGGAAUGGAUCAAUUCCUUAAACCAGGCAUUUGAUUCUGCGCAGACAUCGUUGGAAAGACUGGAUUUUUCAGAGAUCUCAAGCGACCAUCGGAUUGAAUUUGCUGAAGUCUUCAUGGAUGUGAAGGCGAAACUAAACCGAGGCUUGGCGGCUCAUCGAAGCCUCGGUUGCCAAAUUUGGAAAUUGCUCGUUUUCAUGGAUCCUACUCGGAGUAGCCGGAUUUUCUUGCGACUUUCACUACGGUUAUCGGAAAUGAUGAUGAGCUAAGCGACAUUGAAAAAUUACAAUAUUUGCGUUCGAGUUUGGGCGGCGUGGCUCUGGAAACCAUACGCUCGCUCGAACCCUCGAAUGCGAAUUUUAAAAAGGCUAUGAAUUUGCUGGUUAAUCGAUUUGAUAA